CUUCAUCAUAAUCCUCUUCUCCUCUUUAUAUAGCACCUAAGAAUCCCUUAAUCUCACUCAAACAAACACAAGAAAACAUGAUCAUCUACAUUCUCCUAAUCCUGUGCAUUGCCCUUGCAAAUGCACAACCUCUAGUUCCUGCACUGCUCAUAUUUGGGGACUCAGUUGUUGAUGUAGGCAACAACAACAAUCUUGAAACCAUUGUCAAAGCCAAUUUCCCACCUUAUGGCAGAGACUUCAUCAAACACAAACCAACUGGUAGAUUCUGUAAUGGGAAGCUUGCUUCAGACUACACUGCUGAGAAUCUCGGGUUCACCUCGUAUCCGCCUGCCUACCUCAGCAAGCAAGCUAAAGGGAAGCAUCUCCUGACCGGGGCUAACUUCGCGUCCGCCUCUUCAGGCUACUACGACACCACAGCAAAAAUCUAUGAGACGAUCCCAUUGAGCAAACAGGUGGAGCUGUACAGAGAUUACCAGAGGAAGCUCACGACACUCGUGGGGCAAUCCAAUGCUACAUCGAUCAUAAACGGAUCCAUACAUUUUGUGAGCAGUGGAAGCAGUGAUUUUGUCCAGAACUACUACAUCAAUCCUCUGCUUUAUGACAAGUACACUCCACUUCAAUUCACAGACAUUCUCUUGCAGUCUUACACCAAAUUUGUGGAGGAGCUGUACAAUAUGGGAGCAAGAAAGAUUGGAGUGACAACAUUGCCACCACUUGGAUGUGUGCCUGCAGUUAUUACCAUAUUUGGUGAGGACAGAAACGAGUGUGUCGAGAAGAUUAAUAAAGUGGCUGUUUCAUUCAACAAGAAGCUCAACUCCACUUCCCAGAAACUGCAAGCCAAGCUACCUGCUCUUAAUCUUGUGGUUUUGGAUAUCUACCAGCCUCUUCAUGACCUUGUCACGCGGCCUACUGAUUACGGUUUCUUUGAAGCAAGAAAGGCAUGCUGUGGGACAGGAUUGGUGGAGACAUCUAUACUGUGCAAUGCAGAGUCGGCUGGAACAUGUAGGAAUGCAAGUGAAUAUGUUUUCUGGGAUGGCUUUCACCCCACUGAUGCUGCUAACAAGAUUUUGUCUGAUGAUUUGCUGUCUGCUGGCCUCUCUCUCAUCUCCUGAUUUUCUCACAUCUUUUUUCUGUUUCAAGAUUGUUUUUUUGUUUGAGUUGGCAGUUUGAAUCUGGUUUUAAUGCAGUGGUCCUAGAAAUUGUGUGAUGUUCAUGUAUAAAUAAAACAGUUGGGAGUGGAAUCUGUUUUGAAA